UGCUCCAAAUAAGGUGACCUGCUCAUUUUUUGAACUGGAGAUGAAAACGCGGGGCCGCCAUACUGCAAACAUCAUCCCUUCCCUUAUUAUGCGCCAAACAAAUGUUCUUGAACCUAUUUGAAUGAAGCGUAAUUACUGCAAACGCAACACCUGACGCGGGCGAAAAAAUAAGUUUUAGUGUUGAUAUAAAAGGUGCAGAAUUCGUCCCCUGAUUUGCUUUCAUAAAUAAAUAUACGAUUGUUACGUUUCCCAAAUGGUUCAACGUAAAUUGAUACAAACAAAUUUUUUUUUCCCAGGAGAUUUCCAUUAAUCAUGGGCAAUAUUGAUAUUCCUUGAUUAUAAAAACUGUUUGUAAAUAUUGACCAUGCUGUCGUUAAAUUUCCCAAAUGAUUCCUUAACGGCAAAAUUUUUUACCUAUUGAAAAUUUUCCUACCAUUUGUCGCCGACAUUGUGGACAUUGUGGUUCAGUACAGCCCUCGUUGCUGCGCGGCAUACGAAAGUGUGAACUAGCAUUUGCUGAUAUAUUCCCUGGAUAUUUAUGUAUAUAUUCGGACUGAUCUACCUAACUGAUUAUUGAAAAAUAUGUUGUGUUAGCACCAUUGGUGUCAGGAAGGAUGAGUUUCUCCAGCGAUGAAGUAAAUUUUUUGGUGUACCGGUAUUUACAGGAGUCUGUUGUUGCUUCAAAUGAUAAUGUGACUGGUACUGAGAGGGGUGGCGAUCGUACAGAGAUGGAAGUUGAUGAACAACGCGAGGGCGCUGGUACUGGUACUCCAAGUACUCCAAGUGCUGUGGAAAUUCCGGCGAGCAAAGCAACAAAGCUACGUGGACACGAGUCCGAAGUGUUCAUCUGUGCCUGGAAUCCAACCAGAGAUCUUUUAGCUUCUGGUUCAGGUGACAGCACGGCACGGAUUUGGGAUAUGUCAGAUAAUUCCCAAGCGCCAAAUCAAUUGGUUCUUCGUCAUUGCAUUCAAAGAGGCGGUACCGAAGUACCUAGCAAUAAGGAUGUGACUUCUCUCGACUGGAAUUGUGAUGGAUCAUUGUUGGCGACGGGUAGCUACGAUGGGUAUGCAAGAAUCUGGACAACGGACGGCAGAUUAUCUUCCACAUUAGGACAACACAAGGGUCCCAUAUUUGCCCUGAAAUGGAACAAACGUGGAAACUAUAUUCUCAGUGCUGGUGUAGACAAAACAACAAUUAUUUGGGAUGCAGCUAGUGGACAAUGCACUCAGCAAUUCAGUUUUCACUGUGCACCUGCAUUGGAUGUUGAUUGGCAAACAAAUACAUCAUUUGCCAGUUGUUCAACAGAUCAGUGUAUUCACGUAUGUAAGCUCCACGUGGAUAAACCCAUAAAGAGCUUCCAAGGACAUACCAACGAAGUGAAUGCUAUAAAAUGGGACCCACAAGGAAAUCUACUCGCGAGUUGCUCUGAUGACAUGACCUUGAAAAUCUGGUCAAUGAAACAAGACACGUGGGUGCACGACCUCCAAGCACACAAUAAAGAAAUCUACACAAUAAAAUGGUCACCAACUGGACCAGGAACACAAAACCCUAACAUGAAUCUGACAUUGGCCAGUGCCUCGUUUGACUCAACCGUGAGACUAUGGGAUGUUGAACGAGGUGCCUGCAUACAUACUUUAACAAAACAUACCGAGCCAGUUUACAGUGUGGCUUUCAGUCCAGAUGGUAAAUUCUUGGCUAGUGGAAGUUUUGACAAGUGUGUUCACAUUUGGUCGACCCAGAGUGGACAAUUAGUGCACAGCUACAAAGGAACGGGUGGAAUAUUCGAAGUGUGUUGGAAUAGUAGAGGCGACAAAGUGGGGGCAUCAGCAUCUGAUGGGAGUGUCGUCGUUCUUGAUCUUCGUAAAUUGUGAUCACCAGCUGACCAUUGAAGUUCCAAAGCAUUGGUUAUUCACGUUGUUAGUUUGAUUCAAAUUCAUAAGAAAACUUCGCUUUUAUUUUCAUUUUUCAUCAAAUUUUUGAGUCCUAGUGGGCUCGGACAUAACUAACAAAUAAAAAAUUUGAGGUGAUAAUAAUUCAAGAAUUCAUUGUUAGAACGGCGGCAGUAAACAGUUUUAUAUGAAUUAUUUGUGAAUAUCUCGGAUGACAGUUUAUAAAGGAAUAGGAACGCAUUUUUUGUAUUCCAUAGUUCUUUUAAAUAUCAUACUGUAAAACUUUCCCUCCUAAAAAAUAUGAUAAAUAUUCUGUUAA